AUGGACAGAUUGGUGGAUAACUGUCAAGCUGUCUUUGUUCCUGGCAGGCUGAUUACGGACAACAUCUUAAUGAGUUAUGAUCUAGUGAAAGGUUAUAGAAGGAAGAGCAUCUCCCUUAGAUGUAUGCUUAAAAUUGAAAUGCAAAAAGCAUAUGACUCUGUGGAGUGGAGACCAACAGAUCCUUUUGAGGCAAAAAAGGGACUAAGGCAGGAUGAUCCACUAUCACCCUUUUUAUUUGUUCUGGCUAUGGAAUAUCUGAGCAGGUCAUUGAAGACCCUAAAGAAGGACAAGAAGUUCAAGUAUCAUCCCAGAUGUGCCAAGUUCAACUUAGUACAACUGGGGUUUGCAGAUGAUCUAUUGUUGUUCUGUAGAGGGGAAGUGCAGUCAGUACAGAUACUACACCAGCACUUUCAGAAGUUCUCUGCAGCAUCAGGACUGGUUGUCAAUCCAAAUAAGAGCAGCAUCUAUUUUGGAGGGGUAAAUCAGGUGAUUCAGAAACAAAUUAUGGAGAACUGGACAACAAAAUACUUGUCAUAUGCAGGUAGAGUUGUCCUAGUAAAGAGUGUGUUAUUUGCUAUCCAAACAUUCUGGGCACAGAUCUUCAUACUGCCUAAAAAGGUUAUCCAAUUCAUAGAGACUAUCUGUAGGAGGUUUUUAUGGACAGGAGAUGCUGAACCAACAAAGAAGGCCUUGAUUGCUUGGGAGAGACUGUGUUCACCUAAGGCUGCAGGGGGAUUGAAUUUCAUAGAUGUGGAAUUAUGGAAUGAAGUUGCUAUCUGCAAAUUGCUAUGGAAUAUAUGUACCAGGAAGGAGAAGUUAUGGGUUCAUUGGGUACAUACCUAUUACGUCAAAGGCCAAGCAGUGUGGAAUGUAGAACCAAAGAAUGCCUCUUGGGCAAUACAGAAGAUAUUUCAGGCUAAGAAGUACUUCACAAGAGCUGGAAUGACUGAAGAUGAUGUUCAACUAAUGACAAAGGGCUCCAUCAAAGGAAUUUACAGAUCUCUACAAGGUGUGUGUCAAAAAGUAACAUGGAUAAAAAUAGUGUGCAACAAUCAAGGACAGCCAAAAUGGAUAUUCAUAUUGAGAUUAGCAUUACAGCAGAGGCUAGCUACUAAAGACAGGCUGAUAUGA